AUGUCUGCUGUCCCUGUUGAGAACCCAGUAGCGACUGAACCAGUGGCUACUGCUGCUGCUCCUGCUGCUCCUGCUGCUGCAACGCCCAUGGAAGUCCAAGAAACCGAAAAGGUUCAAAAACCUGUCCUGUCGCCUGCUCCAGUGCCCACCACAUCGCCCUGGAAAGCUGUGCCAGCAGCUUCCACGGGAGCUGACUCGCUUGCAAAUGGGUCCUCCAAAUGGCCCUCCACGCAGGAGGCCGUCGAAACCCUCGAAAAACGGUCCAGACUCGCAGCUCCAGCCCCAGCUAUCAAGCCCUCGUUUGGCAAGGAAAAAUGGCUCCCCAUGCAGGCCUCGAUCGUGGUGUCGGGGUCCAAGAGAAAUGGCAACGGCAACAAUUCCGGUCCCAACAACCAUAUCGGCGGCAACAACGCCGGCCAGGCCAACAGACAACGCAGCCAAACUGGCAGAAAACCUCGUAGAGCCAACACCACAGGCGCUUCCAGCAACAACAACAACAACAACAACAGCAGCAGCAAUGCUAGCAGCAGGCCGAGAAAACCAUUUUCGGCCGCUGGCGCUAAGCAAAAUGGCAAGAAAGACUCUCAGGUGCACUCUGACAGCAACUCUGCGAUCGCCGAGACUGCCCAAGAAUCCGCUGUUGCAUCUGCAAACUCCGGCUCAGCGGAGCCAUCGCAUGUUCAGGUCAAAAACGACGUCGAAUCGACGUCUGAGGGCUCCGAGGUCCCACAGGCCCAAGAAGACCAGCCCAGAUCCGGAUUCCAGGGAAGAUCCCACCACGCCUACGGCCAAAACAACGGGUACCCAAGAAGAAAGUUUCACCAAAGCCACCAGAACGAAUCCUACGGAUCUUUCAAGUCGCACCACCCGCAUUCGCAAUACCCUCCCAAGCAUUCUUACAACAACUUUCGCCAGCCUCGCCCCUACAACCCAUCGUACCGUUCCAAGCCCUCUCAUAGAAACGGCCACGACGGGUUUUUCAACUCGCAGCAGCCUCCUCAUCCAUUUGUGGCUGUCAAUAACAUUGCAAGACAACUUGAAUAUUACUUCAGUGCUGAGAAUUUGACCAAAGACGAAUAUCUACGGUCUCAAUUCACCAAAGACGGUUUUGCCCCACUUUCUUUGAUUUCCAAGUUCUACAGAAUUGUGAACAUGUCUUUUGGCGGCGACGAAUCGCUAAUUAUGGGCGCUUUGAGAGAAAUUGUUGCCAACGAAACCGCAACUGUCGAUGUUGCUGCUGUACAGACCGAAUCAGCCGAAAGCCCUCUGGACAACUAUUUAAUAAGAUCCAAGGACUGGCAACAGUGGGUCUCCGAAUCUGCUUCUGAGUCUAAGGAAGAGGAGGAGGAAAAAGAACAAGAAGAACAAGCACAACCUGAAUUGGCUAAGAGAAAGAUUUUGGUGAAUGACAACUUGGACUCGUUCCGCAUUCAACCUCCAGUAUUUGCAUCGGCCCCAGAGGAACCCUCACAGCAUGACGAAAAUCUGGAACCGGAUCAACAGUCCGAAGCCAGUGAAAACCAAUCUUGA